AUGUUUCUCCACUCUGGAGCUAGUUUACACGGUCACGAAUAUUCGAUUAAGAGGUCGACGUCUGCGCCAGUACAGCCACCCCGAAGACUGCCAAUACUGAAGUCGACCCUCCGACCGCUCGUCUCUCCUUCUGAAUCGAGCGAGACGGGCUACUUUGCCUCACCCUACUCUGAAGGCCUACACGCCCCGCUCAGAGCAUCGACCGACGAGGCCAACCAACGCCCAUCUUUGUUAUCACAACAGCGUGCGGCUUCCAAUAGCUACACUCGGAAAGACCUUGCUGUUAGAUUCCGUGAGCCCGGAAUGGACCAUAUAUAUACGCCGUCUGCUAGCGAGGAUGAAGAAUCCAUAGCUGGGCCAGAGCCUCUGGACGGUCUCUCCGACUCCCCAGCACGCCGUAAGAAGCGCAGACGAUUACUUCGCAAAUCGACCAGGUAUGCUCUCGCCCAACCAGCACCGCAGCUCCGUACCAAGCAGAGACGACUUCUGCAGAUCCGGCCUCGAUUACUGUUACAACUCCAAGAAAUUGGCGACAGAAGAGCCAUUCCUGCCUUUGACCUGAUUCCAUCUCAACUAGUGGCAGGAACCUUGAUAAUUCCUAAAUUGUCCAAAACAUUUCCUCGUAUGUUUCACGCAAAUGCUGAGCUAAGCCAGAAUGAUGUUCUGUUAGUUCGUAGCGAAGAUUACGCUUCAACAUCAGGAAUGGCACCAGAAAGAUCCGACGAUGACAGACGGAGUCUACAUGGCAGAGAUAUUUGCGCUGUCAUUAGUGCUUUGCCAGAAGAUUCCGAGAACUCAGCGGAGAUUGUUCUUGAGGACGGGGUCCCGUGGUAUGCUUCACCUAUGGCGAAUGGCUCAUAUGAAUUCACAAGAACAGAUGACGGCGGUGAAAUAACCACUGCACGCUGGGUUAGACGGUUUAAUGGCUCUACCCGCAAUAGUAUUGGUUCAUUCGAACCGUCGUCUUCAGCGCGAUCUAGCGUCCACGAUUCCUUGCCUGACUCUAGAUGGACGUUCAGCAUCAUUGACCCUUCUUCGAGGAGGCAUCCCAUAAUGGGUAGCUUGACAUCAGAGACGGUCGAGGUGUAUGAUCACUACACAACUUUGUCAACUUCCAGUGGUCGGUUUCCGCCGACCCGUUCAUUCGUGCCGGAAGCGGAAGGUGUCGACCGGAGCCCGUCUCCUGCAGGUUUCAAUCCAGAAUCGAGAGCGACACUUGAAGUGCUUCCGGAGCAAAAGGCGCUGAUGAUCGCUACUGCGAGUUGGAUUCGACUUCAUCAACAAGGUUGGCCCGCCUCUGCGAAUCCCAAGUUUGCGAGAUCGAUCCCAUCUCAUUGCCGGUCGGCAAGCGCAAACAUGUGUUCUACAUCACGACGACGAACUUUUCCAUCUUACGAUGGAGACAGCUCUCGUGCGACGAGCCCAAUCAAUCUAUCGCAGCCGUCAGACAGCCUACAUGACCCAUCGUUGUCAAAACAUCCACAUGGAAAAUCGAUGCCAGCGAGAGCAAUGUCUACUGGAAGAGCCUUCAUGAAACGAAGGAGUGACCGGAUGGAGGGCUUGGCAACAGUAUAUAGUCAAGAGCCGCCAAGGCCGGUAUACGACGCAGAGAAACUAGACACGCUGCCGGAAGAAAAGGUUGGUUGUCUGAGCAGAAUUCGCCAGUGGACACACAAAUUGUUCCACAGGAGGCGAGACUCGAUAAGAUGA